AUGUGUGAUUCUAAACCAUUAAAUAAUUUAAAUAUUUAUAUAGAUCCAAAGAGUAAAUUUACCAAAAUUUCAAAUUACAGUAUUACAAAAAUCAUUAAAGAUUAUGGUGGAUCCAUUUCAUAUACCAUUAAUCAAAAAGUCGACUAUAUUGUCACACUAAAUCCAGAUUUUAAAAACACAAUUAACAGUUCAAUUAAUAAAUCAAAUAUUAAAUUAUUAUCAGAAAACUAUUUUUUAACCCAACAAAAUCAAAAUGCUAAAGCUUUAAUUCAAUCUUUUGACCUUUUAGAAAAUAAUAGCAAUGGUUCAACCAAUAUUGUAGAUGAAAACCAAACUUACGAUUUUAAUAAAUCAUCAUUACCAAAAAAAAUUGAAGAUGACCCAUUACAAAUUAUAAAUAAUCCCAAAUAUAUUCCAUCUCAGUGUUAUAAUCCAAAAGAGAAACAACCAUUUUUCCCUGAAGACUAUUUAGUUUUAAAAUUUAACUUAUUAACUAAUACAUACAUCAGUAAUAAGCAAAAUGUUAAUAAAUUCUUUUAUUUAGAACUUAAUCAAGCAACUGAUAAUAAUCUAAAGCAAUACUAUAGAAUUUAUACUCAAUUUGGUCGUAUCGAUGAAAUUCAAAAAUCCAACUCUCAACAUCGUUAUACAGAUAGUUUAAGCGACGCUAUGAACAUUUAUUCAUCAAUCUAUAGUCAAAAAAUUGAACCUGGUAGUGAUUAUAAAGAAGUAUCGAUGGACAACAUUAAAAUAGGUUCUAAAAAGAGACUCGAAAUGAUUGCUGCAUCCUCGUCAUUAUCUAAUGAAAAUGGUAGUUUUAAACAAAAAGUAUAUAACGAAGAGACCGGUGAAGAGAUUAAGGAUAUUGAUAUCUUUCAAGGCUCCUAUAUUGAUAGAAAUGUUUGCUCAUUAAUACAAUUGAUUUUUAAAGAAACUUCAAAGUGUUUAAUUAAAAACUUCUCAGUCGAAAUUGGUCAAAAUGGUAUUGAAACUCAACUUGGUACCCUUUCAUUGGAUCAAAUCAAUGUUGCACAAAGUAUUUUAAAAGAAAUUAACAAGGAACUGGUAAAGAGUAAUAGCAGCGAUAGUAGUCUUUUAAAUUCAAGUUUAAUUUCAAACUUCAAACAAGACAAUUUAGAAAUUCUUUCAUCCAAAUUCUUUCAAAAUGUUCCAUCAAAGAUUUCAACCAAAAAAGAUAGAGGUUUAAAAGACUCUGUUAUAAACAAUAUGCAGUCAUUAAUUCAACACUAUGAGCUUCUAGAGAUGAUGAAAGACCUUACAAUUUCAUUCAAUAGCAAAAAAACUGAAUAUCAAUCAAAUAACCAUUUGGAUAUGAAGUAUUAUUCAUUAAAUACCGAUAUUCGUUAUCUCCAUCCAGCUAGCUCGGAAUAUAAACUGUUUAUGCAUAUCUUUAGAGAAAAAGAGAUCCACACAAGAAAUGAAGACUUUAUUGAAAUUGUCAAUGUCUUUAGAUUAGAAAAAGAAAAGGAAAAUAAAAACUUUAACGAAUCUAUUGGCAAUUGCCAAUAUCUCUUUCAUGGUACCAAUCCAAGUAAUAUAGUUGGUAUUCUUUCAAAAGGUUUAUUAUUACCAGAUAUUAUAACAUCAAGCGGUGGUAAAAGAUCAGAUUUUGGCUAUUUGGGUAAAGGCAUAUAUUUCAGUGAGGAUAUUAUUUCAUCACUUAAAUUCAUUCCAGGUACUUCAACUGGUACUUCGUUAAUUAUUGUUUCAUAUGUCGCAUUGGGUAACGUCAAAGAAUACACAAAUCUUCAACCAGAAUUAACCAGCCCACCAAAAGGUUAUGACAGCUGCAAAGGUAUUAAAUCAUCUGAUUUCAAACACAAUGAACAUGUCAUUUAUAAUUCAAAUCAAUCCAAGUUAUCAUAUUUGCUUGAGUUUAAAAUUAAUAAUUUUAAUAAACUUAAAUAA